UGUGCCAGACAGUAGGGCGGCACCCUGGUAGCUAUGAUUGAUUUACUUGGUUUCCUUGUUAUAUAUAUGUACGUGUUACCAAAAUCGUGUGACCACAGCGCUCUCUGUGUGUGCUUCUCUAUUACAUUACAUCACAUAUUAAAUAAAAAAAAAAGUUCCUAUAUAAGGUAUUAUAAUAAUGAUCAUCUAUUUAUGUAUGUAAAAAUUAGUUUUUACUUUUCAUAAAUAAAUAAUAUUACGACAAAUAAAAAGGUUCGUGUUAAAUUGCAAUCAUUAUUUGUAUAAAUAAUUUACAAUUUUAAUAACAAUAAACUAAUUUUAUGAUUAAAAGUAAUCAUUAUUAUUAUUAAAACAACAAGAAUGCCAAAUUUAAUGCCUGAUGAUGAUAAAGUUAAAAUGUCAACAGCUCAGAGUGGAGCGAUAUUCAAUGGUGAAGUUGACAAUUUCUAUGAUCAAAAUUAUGAAAUGAAUAAUAAAAUGAGAUUACCUAAAACACUGAGAGUCAGUGAUGAUGAAUUUAAUGACGAUAGCACAAAUAAAAAUGGAUCAUCUUGGACACAAUCAAUCCCUAAUAAAGUAUACGAUAUGCAUAUGCCCGAUAGAAUUCUUGUUGUCGGACACGAUCAGCAUGUUGGAUUAAAGGCUCCUCCUAUUGAAAUGACUCUUGAAAAUUCAGUUAUACCACCGGAACAUACAAUGACUAGAGUUCAGACACCGCCGAGAGUUUUGACGUUGGGUGAUCAUUUUUUUCCUACAUUUGAUGAUGAUAGUAUUGAUGAUUAUGGAAAUCCGCCAGAAAUGAAUUCAACAACUCCAAUUGCUAAUGGAACUUUUAUCAGUGAUACACAAAUUGUCAGGCGCAAUAUUAGAGAACAGACUCCAGUUUGGAAUAGUACUUUAGAUGUGUCACUGCCCCAAUCUGAUGAAAUUCAACAUUUACGUCGUCAAUUAGGCAAGCUAAAUCGUCGAGUAAUGGCUGUAGAAUCGGUUAUGUAUCAGCGCCAACAACGGGACAAAUAUAUUUAUGCCAUUACAGUAGCUUAUUUCAUCUUUAAAGCAUUUAACUGGAUAACCAGAAAUUAAAUUUUAUUAAUAAUAAUACAACAACAAUAACAAUUUUUUUUAACAUAGAUAUUCACCAAUUAGUUUUUUUUAUAUUAUUUUAUUUGCUGUGCUCAAUAUUAACGCCGCAACCAAUUUUGAUUAACAGUGAUACAAUGAUAACAAAAGAAAAAAGUAAUAAUGAGAGAAAAUAAUUUUUUUAUCAACAAGUAAUUAUUUUAUUUAUAAUUAAUUGUGUAAAUUUCGUUGAAUUUUUUGUUUAUCAAUUGGUACAUAAAUAUGUGUGUACACUAUUAACUUAUUAUUUUUCAUAAAAUUUUUAUACUUCAAGUUUCAAACCGGCGUGUUAAAUAGUGGAUAACCAACAGUAUAGAUAUGAUUUUUACAAGUUAAAAUAGUCCGAGUGUAGAUGAGGUCGAUUAAAUUGAGUAUAUAUUGAUCUUUUUGAAUUUUAUAUUUUAAAGUCCAAGUUAUUAAUAUUAAAUAUAAUGAUAACGGUGUACCAAGUCAUUAUUUAACGUUGAUUGUUGAUGUGGUAUGUACAUAUUUAUAGUAUAGUAGUUAUGAAUGAUCACCAUUACAUAUUAUUAUUAAAGUUUGAUUUCCAAUGAUAGCAAUUGUAAUCAUCAGUAGUAAUUGUUUUAAAUGACAUUGUAAUAUUAAGUUAAUUAUCUAACAUAGAAGCGGAGAAACAAGUAACUAAAAAAGAAAAAAAAAAAAGAAAAACUCAAGAAUGGUAAUAAAAAUUUUUUUGUUGAUAUCUUUUUUAAUCAUUCUUAUAAUGAUACUACACAAUAAUUGUAUAUUCAUUGAAUAGGCCAUAUUAUGUUAUGAUUAAAAAAAACAAUUCGUAAGAAAUGCAUUGUCACAGUGGUAAAAUAAAUAAAGUUUGUUGCUGGCACUGCUAAA